GCGAAGGCACUGCUGUGGACAUAAAAUACUAGCAGUGGGCCAGCCCGGCGUGCCAACCCUCUGUACAAUCCCUUGGCAGAGAAAUGACGCCAGCAGUGACAGAGCACAUGUUCCAAUUUGGAUCAACUUCCAUACACCAACUCUUUGGCCACAUUCGGACAGUUUUGUACCUUUGCCUCUACGCCACCGUGAUGGCAGACUGUGAUUCAGAGAAGAGCCCCUUUGUUGUACCUUUGAUCAUCCUACUUAUCGAUACUCGAAUUGCGCCCUAUUCUUUGUUACUCCAUUGGCUCCUCGGUUCUACUAAUAAUAAAGAAUAGCUAAGGUCUUGAUCCUCGAAUAUCCAAUACCUCGCACCGCUAUCAGCCACUAGGAAUAAAGGAUGGACUGCUCUCUGAUGUGGGGAGCGUUGACACCUUUGUCACCAAUGAU